AGCGGUGUAAGGAUCAGAGUGCUCAAAUGAUUUACACAAUUUGAAUAUUAAUUGCGCGGACGAACAAAAUAGAGGUGAAACGGCACAUUUUAGACCACGUGGUGUCUCCCGCCAUUGUUCUUUUCACCCGGCGAGCGAAGAGGCAACACUACCAUUUUUCAUCAUUGCAUUUUCAAGUCAAAUAAGACGGUCUUUAUCCAACAUGGCUGCCCGUACGAGGACCUAUUUCGACAUUUCCAUUGGUGGACAACCCGCUGGACGUGUUACAUUCGAGUUGUACAAUGAUGUGGUACCAAAAACUGCAGAAAACUUCAGAGCACUUUGCACUGGUGAGAAAGGAUUUGGAUACAAGGGUAGCAGCUUCCAUCGUAUCAUCAAAAAGUUCAUGUGCCAGGGUGGUGACUUCACUCGCGGGAAUGGUACUGGCGGAAAGAGUAUCUAUGGAGAGAAGUUCUCUGAUGAGAAUUUCACAAAGAAGCAUGAAGCUCCAGGAACACUCUCCAUGGCUAAUGCUGGACCCAACACCAAUGGUUCCCAGUUCUUCAUCUGCACAGAAAAGACAGCAUGGUUGGAUGGCAAACAUGUUGUAUUUGGUAGGGUUGCUGAUGAGGACAGCAUGGCUAUUGUGAGAAAAAUGGAGGCUGUUGGCUCUGACAGUGGAAAAACUUCAAAACCAGUUAAAAUUGAAGAUUGUGGGCAGUGUUAAUGACAUUUUAACAUAUAUCUGUCAACCAUUUUAGUUGACGAUUUAUGAGCAAUCUGUAAUCUAUGUAGGUCUCCAAGCAAUGUUUAUUAGUACAUGUAGUAGAUUAUGAUGCAAUAUCUCUUUGAGUGGACUGUUUCAAGAUACUGAAUUCAGUAUUGCAUCAUUAAGAAUCUCUCCCACCUACGUUGUGUUGGUCGGUCAUAAGAGAUUGAAGAAAAAAAUUGUAAUGAGUCCGUAUUUAUCUCAAUUAUCAUUCCAACAGAGCUUUUUUCCAAAUACCAUUUCUCUGUUAACUCUAAUCAUUCUUCAAUCUGAAUUAACAUCUGUAUAACUGUAUUGCCAAAGCUUCUAGAUGUCUGCGAAAUAAAUAUUUUUUAAAAUUUA